AUGCCGCCGCCCCAGAAGCCACCUAGACCCGCUCGGUCUCACCGAUCUAAGGCCUCCAGCAAGAGACUCCUCGCGGGGUUGGAGGCCAAAGAGAGGAUAGCCGAGCUGGAGUUGAAGCGCAUUCGAGCCGAAGCGGAGCUAUUGAAGAUACAGCAAGAAAGAAUAGACCUUGCAUCGUCGAGAGAAGAGUCGGAAGAAGAUGAAGAGGACCUCGCUCCGCAACGAAUUGCUGACUGGUUCAAUACCCGACCAGAACAAGCGACCGCAUUAGAACCCGCCCACGUAGAAGACACGCACGAACCCGCUGCGCGCGCCACUAAAUUACGCGCGCAGCCGGAACCACAUAAGGCCGAGCGUGCGAUGGACGUGUCAUCGCUAACCGCCGCACUCACAGAAGCCAUUCAAGCCAGCAAGUCCUACAAGAAGUACAUACCAGACCGGCCGACUUUCAGUGGCCUGUGCACCGAGUGGCUACAAUUUAAGGCCGCGUAUAACGAGUCCGCGCCCAGCUUCUCCGCGAGUGAAAACGUCGCCCGUAUCAGAAGAAGUCUCAAAGGUGUCGCCUGGGAGGCCGUCAGCGCCCUCCUCAUCAGCCAGCCGCACCCCGAUGACGUCAUCAAAGCACUAGAAAGAAGAUACGGAAGGCCGGACGCUCUCCUCGUCAAUGAACUGGAGAAGAUCAAAGGACUGCCGCGCCUCACCGACAGCCCGCGCGACCUGUGCAUAUUCGCCAGCCGGGUCGCGAACACUGUCACGACUAUCGAGAUACUAAAGAAGCCGCAGUACCUCUACAACCCGGAGCUACUGCGAUCGAUGGUCGAUAAACUAACGCCGAUACUUCGCAACAAGUGGUACGACUACGCAACUACGAGAGAAGAGACGCCCGAGCUUAAGAAGAUUGCCGAGUUUCUAAAAAACGAAGCCGACAAGUGCACGCCUUACGCUCCGCCUGAAGUUACGACGGAGAAUAAAGAAGUAAGAAGCGCAAGAAAGAAGCCCGAGCGAACGUACGCCGCCGCGGUCGACACUAACAAGAAACAAAAAGAAGAGAAGCCGGCGUGCCCAUUAUGUGAACACGCUACCCACCAAUUGCCGUCGUGCCCGCAAUUUAAGAAGAUCGACACGAACGAGCGCUGGGAAGUGGCCAAGAGACACAACAUUUGCUACCGAUGCCUCGUUAGCAAACAUCGCCGCUUCGCGUGCCGUGCGAAGCCCUGCGGCCAGCAAGGCUGCCCUAUGCGACACCAUCACCUACUACACCACGAGAAGACGUCGACGUACGCCCCCGCCGCCCCGGCCGAGCCACCUACACACAAACCAGAAGAAGUGGUGGCCUCUGCAGUGAACCAAGUCACCUGCGCGGCGGCGCGUGCGAGCCGAGCGUACCUGAAGAUAGUACCAGUCACCCUGCGCGGCCCGCGGACGGCAAUAGACACGUUCGCCCUACUAGACGAGGGCAGCACAGUAACAAUCAUCGACUCGGCACUGGCGGACGCACUCGGGCUCGACGGACCCACUGAACCAAUGUGGGUACAAGGCGUAGGGGGGAAAGAGAUGGAGCACAAUCAGAGCAGGAGGGUCGAGGUCUUCAUCAAGAACAAGCACGAGAGAGACGAUCAGCGAAUUACGAACGCGCACACCGUCGGCAGUCUCGGCUUCACUACCCAAUCAAUCGGCGUGAGCGAGAUAGACAACUGCGCGCAUCUCAGGGGGCUGAAACACAAGUUAACCUACCGAGAUGCUACCCCACAAAUACUCAUCGGUCAAGACAACUGGGAGCUGAUCGUGUCACGCGAGAUAAGAAAAGGACGGCGCGGUCAACUCGUCGCAUCAAGAACCCAACUAGGAUGGGUACUUCACGGCUGUCGCACCACUAAAUCGAAGCCUGUCGCGUACUGUUGCGCGCACCUCACACGGGCCGGGCCGGCUGAAAACAUAGAAGAAACAAUGAAGAAUUAUUUCGCACUCGAGUCACUAGCGAUCGAGCCGCGGCGGCCGAGCAGCGACCCCGAGCAGCAAGCACUCCGCAUAUUAGAAGAGAAGAGUCGCCGCCUACCCGACGGCAGGUUCGAGACCGGGCUGCUGUGGCGCAACGAGACAGAAAGAAUACCGAACAACCGCAACGACGCUCUCAAGCGGCUACACACACUCGAGAGGAAGCUGGUCGUGACGCGAACCUGA